AUUUAUUAUUACAACCAAUAAAUCAGCAAAUCUUGGAUUUUUUUAAUGAUUAUCUCGCCACUCAUUUUUCACUCGGAUGAUAUGCAAUCUCUCUAACACAGGGAAACUCGGGAAGAUUAUCACAAAAGGAAUUAUAAUAAGAUAGUAUAAAGGAGGUUUUGCUUCGAUUUGUGCAGGAUGAGCGGCCAGAAUCAAGGGGCUAGCUUAUCUUCUUCAGCAGACCCACCUAUGAAGCGGAAACGUGGGCGUCCACGCAAGGAUGAGAGUGUUCAAGGGGACAACACAACUGUUACACCUGCAUCUGACAAUCUGAGGAAAAACAAGCAGACUGUGGGAACAAGUGACCCUGCCGCUGAUGACAUGGUAGGUCAGAUGGUCUCUGGUGUCAUUGAUGGUUCAUUUGAUGCUGGAUAUCUUCUUAAUGUUAAGGUAGGUGAUACAGACACGCAUCUUAGAGGUGUUGUAUUUCUACCAGGGCGAUUCACUCCAAUUACUGCUGCAAAUGAUGUGGCUCCACAUGCUAAGAUGUACGAAAGCAAAGAGAUUCCUAUCCCAUUUGUAAACCCUCAAGGUCAUCUCCAUGCCGGGAGUCCUUCAUCAGGGAAAAGUGAGAAGCCCGUUGAGCAUAAAAAUGAUGCACCUAACCUUGUAGGCCAAGGCCUACAUAUUGGGCAUCAAUCUGGUGCCACGGCUGCUAGUGAGAGCCAAUCUGCAUCUACUCUAAUUCCUCCAGCUAGUAACUUGCCAGUAAAUGACACUGGUCUUCCCUUGGGACAAAAGGUCCUGCUAAAACAAAUCUUGGAUUCUGGAUUGCAGAGUGAUAAAGCUGUUGGACAGAAUCAAUCACUGCUAGGAUUUGAAGCCUUCAAGCUGAUGAAAGGACCAACUAUUAACGUAGAGACAUCUAAAGCAUCUGAUCAAGUGUCUGCAACAUUUACUGCUACUUUGCCGGCUACUGAGAUUGUAAAUCUGAUGCCUCAAGUUGAACACCAGGCUAUGAGUUCCGAGGUUCAUGAUGAUGUGAAAAGCCUCGACCUUGGUAACAACCAAACUCCCAAAUUUUCUGAAACUGAACCUCAAGCCAUUGCUUGUGAACCAACUGGAAUCAACAUGUUCGGAAAACAGGUUUCGUCAAGGCAAGAUAUUUCACAAGAAACGCACUUGGUGCUUGCUAAGAAGAUUAUGAGUGGAGCUGACAAGUCUCACAUGGAUGGAUUGUCUGCAAGUGAUGCUGCCACAACUACUUCGACAGUUCCAUGCUCUGCAUCAAUGACCAACCUACCGAUAAUGAUAUUUGGGGCAGAAACUAUUCCAUCUGAACCCAAGCCUGCUGCUGAAGAAUCUGUUCUUUCAAGAAUGGUUGAACCCGAAGUUAGUAGUUCCUUAAUGACUGCCAACACCAACAGUGUGGAAUCUAAUGCCAAAGAUGCUUUUCCACCUGCACAGUCUUAGUUUUCGAGUUGUGAAACUAAAAGCAGGAAUAGAACGAGCCUUACAAGUCGAGGGCUUGAAGGAGGACUAGCUUAGGUCAUGACCGUGAAUGGUUGAGACUUUGUCUCUGAUUCGGAUCAUUUGUAAUGGUAACUCUUUGCAAUCAACCUUUACCUUCUAACUUCGUUUCUAGUGCAUUAUCAUGCUUGUUAAUUGUGCUGAAUAUCACUUGCAGCCUCUGACAGCAUUGCCUGUGUUUUCAAGAUUUACUACUUUUUACUUUUUCAUUUUUAUUGAAAGUUGUAAGUAUGUUAUCUGGCCAAAACAAUUAAAUAAUUUAGCAAUCAAGUAGAAGGAAAAUCUCCCAAGGCAUGUAAUUUCAUCUGUACUAACUAUAGUACACCAAA